CAACAGAAAGUGUUUAUACGACACGAUUCCGCGAAUCGUCUAGAAAAUACGAGCUACUUUAGUCGCUGGUCAUAGCUGGCACUGUUAUGUCAGCGCAAGUGCACGAAGACCAUUCCUACGUUCAUCUCUAUUAGGUAUAUAGGAAACAGACACCUCACAGCACAGAAUGACACACACGAGCCGUGAUAAAAAACUAAAAGAGCAAUAUGUCUCAGUACACUCAAUCCGUCAAGCCGUCGAUCAGCUUGAGUCAAAGCCAAGUCAUGGACGUGACGGACAGCAAACGGAGCCAUGGUCGAGGACACCCUCGAUCAAGCGAUCCGCACGGGUCUGGCACACGUGCGCGUUCGCGAGUGUAUAGCUAUGCACUUGGACCAUCACGAACAUGUCUUUCAACCUGCGCGCCUACCAGCACGACGAGUACAUCUGGUCGUCCAAGUUUCAGGCGGGCAACAGCGACGAGUACGUUUUUCGCCUGCUGCUCUAUCCGGACGGCUGCAUCGACGAGCACCAGGGCGAGAUUUGCGUCGAGAUCCAGAACUACGGCAACAGGAACAUCGAGGACGUGCAGACUGUACUUCGACAGCAAAAUCGUCGAGCGUUUCAUCCCGGACUCGAGAGCCAAGAAAGAGGACGUCAAGCCGGACUGUCGGCUCAAGGAAUUCGACGAGUUCGAGCUGAUGCUCGAGAACGGGGUCUUCAGCGACGCCAGGCUUCGCGCACAGGCCGUUCAGAUGCGCGUGCACCGCGCCGUCCUCGCGACGCGCAGCCGAGUCUUCGCGGUAAUGAUGUCUCCGGCAGAGAAGAACAACGGAAACGACUUUGUGCUCGUCGACGUGCCUGACGUGAGGGUAGACGUGCUGCGCGAACUGCUGCGAUUCGUUUACGCCGGCAAGGUAAACGAGAUAGAAACAGUGGCGAAGGACCUGCUGGUCGCCGCGAUCAGGUUCGAACUGGAAGGUUUGAAGAUUACGUGCGAGGAGACGCUCCUCAAGGAACUGUGCAUCAAGAACGUGGGGGAAAUGUUGGCGUUUGCCGAUAAACACAAGACCGAGAUGCUCGCGAAGAGCGCCAUGGAGUUUUUCACUAUGAACGCUAAGCCCGCCGUGGGGACUGACAACUUUAAGAGCGCGAUGCAGUCUUGUCCCUUUUGGAUUACGGCGAUGGUAAAUGCUUUGGUUCAAAAGCUGGAUUAGGAAAAAUUGUUUUUUUUUUUUAUUGUAAGUGGCUUCUAUCUGUGACUAAGUGACGAGAUCUGUAAUUGUAGUGUUGAUUCUAAGCGCCGAACGUUUAGUUACGUCAAAUGUUAUAUUUUCGCGGAGUUAUGUAGGCGAAAUUUCUUUGUUUGCAUUUAUGCUUCAGGUCAAUAUUCAUAUGAUUCGCAUAUGGUUUGCGAAGUACGAAAAUUCGUUAUUUAUAUUCAUGUUUCGUGUCAAUGUGCAUACGACGCAUGUAGUUUGCGACGGACACGGAAAGUCGAUAUAAGCUAUAGGUUCUUUUUAUUUUGUAACAGAAAUAAUAAAAUAUAAUAGAAGUUGAUAAAAUUCGAGA